GACUGUGGACUACAAACACCAGAAUACUUUGGAAAAUACACCUUUAAAAUAAUAUAAAUAUUAUGGUGAUUUUUUAAAAAAAAGAGUAAUUGAAUAAGUUUGUUAAUUAAGAUUGAUUUCUCAAUUCUAGAUAGCCUUUGACUGAGGGUAGAACAAGCUCAAUCGAGGUGUGUUCCUUUCUUAAAAAGCCCAUCAGCUCGGCAAUUGACACACGGAAAUUUGAUGUUUGAUUGCUUCCUGCUUCUCGGUGCCCGAAUGACAUGAAGUAACACUUAGCUCCCGAUCGCUCAGAUUCUUCAGUGUUAGAGUUCAACAACAGGCAGCCGGGUCCGGCAGACACCAGCACUCUGCGAAAGGCGAUUUUCAUCCAAAACAAGCGCGAGUAAUCGACUCCACCGAAACCUACCUUAGCAAGAUCAAAGGGUCUUCAACGCGCGUGAGGACAUCAUACACCUGUAAUGUUUACUCGUAGCUGACUGGCUUUGUUGAGCAGGGACAAGGGCGAAUAAAACCAGGAAUCAAGAUUUUGCAAUAUUCAACGUUAACUUUUUGUCCGCGGGUAGAUUAAGCGUUUUUUUUUGCUUUGUUCUUAGUAGUUUUUUUUGUUCCACUUUCAAGUGGCCUGUUGUAUCUGACUGUCAGCUCGGUUCGAUUACUGUGCACCUUUCUGAGUUAGGGGGUCACGGUGCAAGGAUGGUGCUUUUCAGUGGCCCUCUGAAGGUGAAAAUCGGAGAGGCUGUGGAUCUAAAACCGACCCGAUGCGCUCUCAGGCAUUCAAUAUCCAGCAAAAAUUACCAGUUAUUGGAUCCGUAUGUAAUGGUAAAGAUUGAUAAUCGGAGGGUCGGGCAGACAGUCACAAAACAGAAGACCAGCCGGCCCACAUUUAACGAAGACUUCAGUACUCAGAUCUGGAGAAGCAGCGAGAUCGAGCUGACCGUUUUUCAUGACACCCCCAUCGGAUACGACGAUUUUGUGGCCAAUUGCACCUUGCAGUUCGAGGAAUUACUGAAAAAUGGCACGAAAACCUUUGAGGGCUGGGUUGAUUUGGAGCCGGAGGGCAAGAUUUUUAUCAUGAUAGACAUGAAGGAAGUGACUUGCGAAGACCCUGAGGAACAAGUGAAAAACAAUGCAUCUGAAAGGGCAUUCAAGGAACGCAUGGUUUCCAGGAAACGGCAAGGUGCAAUGCGGCGAAAGAUUCACCAGGUCAACAACCAUAAGUUCAUGGCCACUUACCUGCGACAGCCCACGUACUGCUCUCACUGCAGGGAAUUUAUCUGGGGAAUCUUUGGCAAGCAAGGAUACCAGUGUCAAGUGUGCACAUGUGUGGUUCACAAACGCUGCCACCAGCUAAUUGUCACAGCAUGCCCCAGAAUAAAGAAAGACAAGAAAGGAGAGCAGGUAUGUGAACAAAGAUUCAGCAUCAAUGUGCGUCACCAGUUCCACGUCCACAACUACAAGAAGCCAACUUUCUGUGACCAUUGUGGCUCUCUGCUCUAUGGGCUAAUGGGACAAGGGAAACAGUGUAAAGUUUGCAAAAUGAACAUUCACAUUCGCUGUGAGAACAACGUGGCCCCCAGCUGUGGAGUGAACUCUGUGGAGCUCGCCAGGAAGCUGGCAGAAAUGGGACUCAGUGCGGGCAGCAUAGCUACUCUGAAGAGGAGGCAGACGAGGCAGAGUCAUAAAAACCACAAGGACAACCAGGCCCCGGGUGACACACCUGAUGGCAACGACAAGGAAAGCCAGCAAGUGCAACGCAAACUAAGCAUCGACGAUUUCACCUUCAUCAGUGUUCUAGGCAAAGGCAGCUUUGGGAAGGUAAUGCUGGCAGAGUUCAAAGGGACAGAAGAUGUGUAUGCUGUGAAAAUACUGAAGAAGGACAUGAUUCUUCAGGAUGAUGACGUGGAGUGCACAAUGACUGAGAAGCGGAUCUUGUCACUGGCCAAAAACCACCCGUACCUUACACAGAUCUUCUGUUGCUUCCAAACUCCGGACCGGCUUUUCUUUGUGAUGGAGUAUGUAAAUGGAGGAGAUUUAAUGUUCCAGAUUCAACAAGUGCGGAAAUUCGAUGAACCCCGGGCUCAGUUCUACGCUGCCGAAAUCACUUCAGCACUUAUUUUUCUGCACAGUAAGAAAGUUAUAUACAGAGAUUUGAAACUGGAUAAUGUCCUGUUAGAUUCUGAGGGACACUGCAAGUUGGCUGAUUUUGGAAUGUGCAAGGAAGGCAUCUACAGCAAUUACACAACGGGGACCUUCUGCGGCACACCUGAUUACAUUGCUCCAGAGAUUUUGCAGGAGUUGCAGUAUGGUUCUUCGGUGGACUGGUGGGCACUUGGUGUCCUGCUGUAUGAGAUGCUGUGUGGUCAGCCCCCAUUUGAGGCUGAAAAUGAAGAUGAUCUGUUCGAAUCUAUCCUGAACGAUGAGGUCCUUUACCCAGUCUGGCUAAGUGAACGCGCAAUGGCUAUCCUGAAAGCGUUUAUGAUAAAAAAUCCAACCAAACGGCUAGGAUGUGUUGCAACACAAGGUGGAGAGCAAGCCAUUUUGGACCACUCCUUCUUUCAGGGAAUUGAUUGGGAAAUGCUUGAACAGCGAAAGAUCAAACCGCCUUUUAAACCCAGGAUUAAAACAAACAGGGACGUAAAUAACUUUGAUCGAGACUUCACUGCAGAGAAGCCUGUAUUGACACCAAUUGAUGAAGCACUUGUCCGCAUGAUAAAUCAAGAUGAAUUCAAAGGAUUUUCUUUUGUUGCUGAAGAUGUGUGUGCAUGAAGUACAAAUUCAUCAGCACGGGAACAUUUCCGGAAAGCUCACAAGUACCAGCAUCGCAGAGCCCACCUCAAGCAAGUGGAGUGGUUGGGCAGAAAGUUUAUACAGACAAUAUCGUUACCGUUACUGAAGCGAGAACUGGCAUGCUGUUUAUAUUGAUUUUUUUGUUUGUGCAACUUUGUGAAACUGAGUGGCUUUGAAUCACUGUCCAUUAUCUUUCUACCAACCAGUCUUUUGAAUAUCAGAAGUUAGGCCGUCAUGAAGCAAUCAAUUAUGAAUAAGUAUUGUUACAAUGGACCAUUAAAUUAUGCAUCCUUCAUUUGCACUUAGCUGUUUAGGUAUUUAAUUAGCUGUGUAUCUAUCAACAGAAACCGAGAUUUGCUAAUAGUAAACAGUUCUACACUUCCAUAAACUAUAUUUGAGUCUUUUCAGUAGAAAUCCCUUCUUUCUUUAUAUAGAAGGAUGUCUUUUGAGAUUGCCACGUUCAUUCAUUGGGUCAAGGGUGGGUGGGAGGCAUAUCUUGCAGACUGUUUUACAUUGUGUUCAGCUUGAAGUAGACAUCACUUUGAUAAACUGUGGAGGAUUUUAGUUGUGGAAUGAAAAGUAUGAACUGUUCUGUGUAUAUAAGUUAUAGCUGUUGGCAAAUAAAUAUUAAAAAGAAUGCAUAUUUUGUAUUUAAAAGGUUUAAACUGCACCAGUUCUUGCAGUUCUACCACUCAGGAGAGAGAGUGUAAACAGACCUUUUAGCCAACCAAGUCCACAUCAACCACAAAUUUCACGAAUCCUACAUUAAUUCAAUUAUUUUUUAAAAUUUCCUCAUAAACUUCUCAACUCCCCAUAGAUUUUACUGCUUAUUUAUAUUCUAGGGGCAAUUUACAGUGACCAAUUAACCUAUGAACUUGCUCAUCUUUCAGGAGGAACACCUGGAGAAAACCCACACGGUUUCUUUCAGGAAGAAUGUGCAAACUCCACAGGGACAGCACCUGAGGUCACGGUUGAACCCAGGUAUCUGGCACGUUGAGGCAAUGGUCCCACCAGCUGUGCCAUGGCACCAUGCCAAGCAUAUAAUCAGAUAUUGAGAUUCUGAAAUGUCAUGGCAUGAAACACUGUAUCUCAUUGUCUUAGGGUCAUAGGGCUGUACAGCACUUAAAUGGGCACUUAGUCCACCAUCCAUGCCAAUUUUCUAUCCUAUUUACCUCCAGUAGGUCGAUACCCUUCGAACAUGUUCCAAUUUAAGAACUUGCCUGUGACGUAGUGACUACUGUGAAUCUAUUUCCACCAUCACCUGGAGUAGUGUGUUCUAAAUAUCAACCACUCUGUGAAAAAAAACUUUCCCCCUUUCCUUUAAAAACCUUAUUUCUCACCUUAAGGCUAAGCUCUCUUGUGUUUUAUACCCUAUCUACUGGAAAAAGUUUCUGACUACUCUUUCUUUGCUUCUUAUAAUUUUAUCUCUCUCUGUCCGAUCACCCCCUUAGCGUCCUUCACUCCAGGGAAAACAAACACUGCCUAGCCAAUCCCUCCUCAUAACUGGUCCACCAAUCCAGGCAACAUCCUAGGGAAUUCUCUGCAUGCUCUCCAAUACAACCACAUCCUUCCUAAGCUGUGAUGACCAGAACUGCACUCAGUACUCCAAGUGUGGUCCAACUAGAGUCUUAUAAAAUCAUAACAUGACAACCCAACUGUAUAUUCUAUGCCCUGACCUUUGAAGGUGAGCAUGCCAUAUGCCUUCUCCUCAGUCUGCCUUGUGUCAAUAUGGACAUGAAGCCAAAGGUUCCUCUGUCCAUCAUCAUUGUUAGUGUUCUGCUUUAUCCUAUCCCUAUUGGACUUCUGGAAAAGCAUCACUGUGAAGGGAGCUUUGUAAACAUCUGCAAGGGGCAGGUAUGAAGACGGAUCCCUGCCUGUAUUUACUCUGCACUGUCUGCAUUGUUGAUGCCAGAUCAAUUGUAUAUUGUAUAUGUUCAUUCAAAGUGUUCAAUAUUUUAUAAAUACAAAUUUCUGCUUUCAAACAGACAGAUUACAUAUUAAAUAUGAGCAAAUUAGGAGGCUUCCUCUUGGCAUAUUGUUGGUUCUCCUUCCUUACAAUAGGACUUUUAUUUCUAUUGAUUCCAAGACCUGAUCUCUGCUAUCUAGAAUGAAGAGGGCAGCAUCACAUGGG